UUAACCCCUGUGGUUCAAGUGCCUAAGGCAGGAGGAACUGACUCAAACUUCAGGAAGUUGCUGUGAGGACAGAGUGACAGGAAGUGACAGAAAACCUCAACACGGAACUGAAGCAGCCAUUCAGUUUCUUGCUGUGAAGUGGCAGCAGCCAGAGAGGGCACCGGGUGUGGACGUGAGGAGCUGGGAGCUUAGAACAAACUCGCACACUAGAGAUGUGGAAGUCUGUGGUGGGGCAUGAUGUGUCUGUUUCCGUGGAGACACAGGGUGAUGAUUGGGACACAGACCCUGACUUUGUGAAUGACAUCUCCGAGAAGGAGCAACGGUGGGGAGCCAAGACCAUCGAAGGCUCUGGACGCAAAGAGCACAUCAACAUCCACCAGCUGAGGAGCAAAGUGUCAGAGGAACACAGUGUUCUCAAGAAGAAAGAGAUGGAAUCAGGGCCCAAAGCCUCCCAUGGCUACGGAGGGCGCUUUGGAGUGGAAAGAGACCGAAUGGACAAGAGUGCUGUGGGCCACGAGUAUGUUGCAGAGGUAGAGAAACACUCUUCGCAGACUGAUGCUGCCAAAGGCUUUGGGGGGAAAUAUGGAGUUGAAAAGGACAGGGCAGAUAAAUCAGCUGUGGGCUUUGAUUACAAAGGAGAAGUGGAAAAGCACGCAUCUCAGAAAGAUUACUCUCGGGGCUUUGGUGGCCGUUAUGGAGUGGAGAAGGAUAAAAGGGACAAGGCAGCCUUGGGAUACGACUACAAGGGAGAGACGGAGAAGCACGAGUCCCAGAAAGAUUAUGCCAAAGGCUUUGGUGGCCAGUAUGGACUCCAGAAGGACCGAGUGGAUAAGAGCGCUGUUGGCUUCAGUGAGAUGGAGGCCCCAACCACAGCUUAUAAGAAGACAACACCCAUUGAAGCUGCUUCCAGUGGUGCCCGUGGGCUGAAGGCAAAAUUUGAGUCCAUGGCUGAGGAGAAGAGGAAGUGUGAAGAAGAGGAGAAGGCACAGCACGUGGCCAGGCGGCAGCAGGAACGCAAGGCCGUGGUGAAGACACACUUUGAAGCUCAGCAGCCAGCAGCACCCAUGGAAGAGCAAGUGGUGCCAGCCCCACUGCCCAAGAAGAUCUCCUCAGAGGCCUGGCCUCCAGCACAGAGUCAGGCACCACCAGAGCCUGAGCCCGCCAGAGCCAGCAGGGAACCAGUACCCUCUCUGCCCACAAGGCAGGGUCCCCUGGAGGACAAUGAGGAGCCCCCAGCUCUGCCCCCUAGGACUCCAGAAGGCUUCCAAGUGGAGGAAGAACCAGUGUAUGAAGCAGCACCUGAGCCUGAGCCUGACAAUGACUAUGAGGAUGUUGAGGAGGUAGACAGGCGUGAUGAUGAGGCAGAAGGGGACUACGAAGAUGUGCUGGAGCCUGAGGGUUCUUUUCCCUCCACCCAGGCUGGCUCAUCAGGCAGCCAGGCUGGGCCUGUGGGGACCUCGGCUGUAGCCCUGUAUGAUUACCAAGGAGAGGGAAGUGAUGAGCUUUCCUUUGAUCCAGAUGACAUCAUCACUGACAUUGAGAUGGUGGAUGAGGGCUGGUGGCGGGGACGUUGUCGUGGUCACUUUGGACUCUUCCCUGCAAAUUAUGUCAAGCUCCUCCCGUAACUGGCUCUCGCUGUCUGCUGCAGCUGUGACUUCUCAUGUCAACGGUGGCUGCAACUCCACCCUACCCCCAUUCCUGCUGCAUGAGUAUGAUAGACACCAUGUGUUACCUAUAGUGCUGGGAAGACUUCCCUCUCCUGAUUUAUUAAGGGCUUUAGGUAGAGACAGCAUGAGGAAGGGGGGUCUCCUUCCCCUCAGGGUCCUAUCAGGCAGGAGCUAGAGGACUUUUAUCUUGUAGUCCUGGCUCCUUCCCCAAGAAUGUCCCCAGUAAACCCCCUACUCCGGUCUACUCCCUUGUGAGAAUUGGGCUCCCCAGUUUGCCUACCUGGGAAGAUAGGUCUAGACUGUCUGGCUUUCCUGGUUGUGCUUUAACCCACUUCUCAUCCCCGCAGGUUAUCUCUGAACCUUCUCUCUGUUCAAUUCUGUUACUGGAAAUAAAAGUAGGACUAUCACUUGCCUCUAUGCAGAUAUAAAAGCUACUUUUUGCACAGCCUUCAAUAGCCCUGUACCUCAUGGCUCCAAUUCUCCAUCCCUCCUCCAGGCACAUCCAGAAGACUCCCUCUUACCACUGGCCAUCCCCUCACCCUCCCUCUGGCAUCCUGAAUGUCAAGGGUUAGGCCUUAACUUUUGGCAGCACUUUAAACCCAGUCCAAAACAGACCAGUCUGUAGAAUGGAAGGUGUGAUAACAGGGGAAUGGAUUCCAUGCAACUUCUACUGGCUUUAGCAGCUGUGUGAGGCAGGUCACCUGCCUGAGAUUAAUGAUCAUCCUCUCUCAGCACACGGUGACUCUUGAAGAAGCACAAAUAAUAGUAUAGGAAGGAGAAAUAGGCAGGUUUGACCAACAGAAAAUAUUAAAGCUAAAGGAGGACAAACUCAAAAGAGGUUGGAGAGGCAGUGGCCUUUGCCCAAGAAAGUCUGGGCUCCCUUCUAAUUGGGUGACUAAAAUCA